CAUUAUAAGGCUAAGAAACGGGGCGUUGUUCUCUCGGAAAACCUUAAAACGGCACGCAAUGCUUGUCUAAGAGUGGGACGACGGUCCCUAAGAGGAGGCGGACCAGAAGAUUCAGGUGAUCGGAAAAGGAACGCCAGAUUCAAGCUCUUCCCGAGCAAUACCAGAUUCGAAGACCAGGACGAAGAACAAAUCCGAGCUAAAGGAAGACGGAGUGAAACGCCGAUCGAGAAGAAGAUGUCUGUGCAAGAGUACCUAGACAAGCAUAUGCUCUCUCGCAAGAUUGAGGAUGCCGUCAAUGCCGCCGUUAGGGCCAAAACUUCCGAUCCCGUUCUCUUUAUCUCUAAUCAUAUGAGAAAAGCUGUCCCGUCGAUGAUAACGAAGAUCAAAGCGCGACAGAUCCUCGACAGCCGAGGAAUUCCAACAGUUGAAGUAGAUCUGCACACAAACAAAGGCGUCUUUCGUGCUUCUGUUCCAAGCGGUGAUUCUUCUGGAACGUAUGAAGCUGUUGAAUUGCGUGAUGGGGACAAAGGGAUGUACCUCGGAAACAGUGUAAUGAAAGCUGUUAAGAACAUCAACGAGAAGAUUUCUGAAGCAUUGAUUGGCAUGGACCCAAAACUUCAGUCCCAAAUUGAUCAAGCUAUGAUUGAUCUGGACAAAACUGAAAAGAAGGGCGAACUUGGAGCAAAUGCUAUCUUAGCUGUGUCCGUUGCUGCAUGCAAGGCUGGAGCUGCUGAGAAGGAGGUCCCUCUGUACAAACACAUUGCCGAUCUUUCAGGCAGAACAAGCCUGGCACUACCUGUACCUGCUUUCACCGUUUUGAGUGGCGGGAAACAUGCCGUAAAUAAUCUGGCUAUCCAGGAAAUCAUGAUUGUCCCAGUUGGAGCAGGUAGAUUUGAGGAGGCACUGCAAAUGGGAUCAGAAACAUAUCAUCACUUGAAGGCUGUCAUUACUGAAAAGUAUGGUGCUUUGGAAUGUAAUGUUGGUGAAGAUGGUGGCCUUGCUCCAAAUAUCUCUAGCCUCAAAGAAGGAUUGGAUCUUGUAAAGGAAGCUAUCAACAGAACAGGAUACAACGAAAAGAUAAAAAUAGCAAUUGAUGUUGCAGCCACUAACCUCUGUAUAGGUACCAAGUAUGAUCUUGAUUUCAAAUCUCCAAACAAAUCUGGGCAAAAUUUCAAGUCUGGGGAUGAUAUGAUUGACAUGUACAAAGAACUUUGUGCCGAGUAUCCAAUCAUAUCCAUAGAAGACCCCUUUGACAGGGAGGAUUGGGAACACACAAAGUACUUUUCCGGUCUUGGGUUAUGUCAGGUGGUAGGGGAUGACUUAUUGAUGUCAAAUCCAAAACGCAUUGAGCGAGCAAUACAGGAGUCUGCUUGUAAUGCCCUUCUUCUCAAGGUUAAUCAGAUUGGGACGGUGACAGAGGCCAUUGAAGUUGUGAAACUGGCGAGGGACGCCCACUGGGGCGUGGUGACAUCCAAUAGAUGUGGAGAAACAGAGGAUACUUUCAUAUCAGACUUGUCCGUGGGUCUGGCCACCGGUUUGUUUAAAGCUGGUGCUCCUGCCAGAGGAGAACGCGUCAUCAAGUAUAACCAGUUGCUCCGGAUAGAAGAAGAGCUUGGGGACCAAGCUGUGUAUGUAGGAGAAGACUGGAAGCAAUCUCUGUGAUCAUCUCUUCCUUUUUUUUUGUACCCUUCUUUUCACCUCCCAUCUUUCUGAGCCUGAAAUUUCUUACCAACAGAUUUCAUCACGGCUUUUGAUGUGUUAUAGUUUGUGCUUUGUUUAACAAAGUAUGUUCUUUUGUUUGAAAGAAAGGAAUUUCAGACAGAAAACCUCUGCUUCAGAUCUAAAUUUAGCAUGUUGUUUAA